AGUCUGUCUCCUCCACACACAGACAAAGAGGCAUGAUAUGGUCCGGGCCACUCAGCUGUGCAGUCUCUUAGAGGGGUCGAGGAGCAAUUGUCAAAACAUGGACUUUAGCCAAAAGGCGCACUGAAAGCUGCUUGGAAACUGCUCGGACUGGACACUAACCCUCCAGCUGACCUUGGAUAACUGAAAGGAAGAAAGUCGAGUUUUGUGACGCAACUGUACAUCCAUUUUCAUAAUGGCGAUCCCAAAUGAACUCUCUCAUUUCAACUCCACCUCAUCGCCUUAUUCAACAACAAAGAACGAUGUCAACACCUCUGUAGCCAAUUCUACUCCGCCCUGCACAGACUGGCCCAAUGUGCCCAUAACCACAGUCAUCCCCGUCAUUUUUAGUGUAAUCUGUGUGCUGGGAAUUGUAGCCAACGCCCUGGCAGUGUGCGUCCUAGCCCACACCAAUACCUCAAGGAGAACUGUGGCAAACACUUUCAUGCUCAACCUUUGUGUGUCUGACCUGCUGUUCCUGUUGUCACUCCCGCUGUGGGCCGUCUACUACGCCCAAGGCUACAAUUGGACCUUUGGCUUGUUAGCAUGUAAAGUCUGUGGAGGUCUCCUCAAUUUCAACCUGUAUGCGUCGAUCUUCUUCAUCACGAGCAUGAGUGUGGACCGCUACCUGGCCAUUGUGCACCCGCUCUGUUCCCAGAGUGCACGAGACCCCAAACGUGCCCGCCUCACGUGCAUCCUCGUGUGGGUGUUGGCAUUUGCUUGCUCGGUCCCCAACUUGUGUCUGAGGGAGCUUUAUCACCUUAAGGACAGGAAUGUGAUCGCCUGUGUGAUGAAUUAUCCUAAUGACACCUUGAAUACAACCCUGGUAUGUCUGAAGAUUGUUCUGGCCUUCCUCCUCCCUCUACUCAUCAUCUCUUGUUGCUACUGCAGAAUUGGUAGACUUCUGUUGGCUGAUACAGGGCUGGGAAGAAUGCAGAAUCUAUCAAAUGUGCCCUCAUUUAAAUCCCAAGAGAGCUGCAGUAAAGCAGAGAGAUCUCCAACCCCCUGUGUGAGCCACGGCUCCAGCGGAGGCCAACCUCGGGAGGGAAGGGGCCUCGAGCGGGUGCUGUGGAUGGUGGCUGCUGUGGUCCUGGCUUUCUUCCUCAGCUGGUUUCCCUUCCACUGUAUGACUUUCUUGCACAUACUGCAGAUUGAAGGCUGGGUGGACAGCUGCUGGGUCAACUGGUCCCUCAAAAACUUAACCCCCCUCACCCUCUCUUUGGGCUUCUCUAACUCGGCCAUCAACCCUGUGCUCUACUGCUUUAUUGGAAAGCAUUUCCGGGGACAUUUGGGAAGGCUCUGCAAGGGCCUCUGUGCUUGUUUGAAGACCCGCGGGGAGAAUCAGAGCCAGAAGAGAGGCUCUUUUAGCACCAGGCUGAGCUCCUUCUCCAGAAAACUCAGUGAUCUGAAAGACCUGGCGAUUGUGGAACACUCAGGUCCUGCUUAGUAAAGCCCUGAUUGGAGUCUUUCCCUUCUCAUUUACGGGCUUCACACCCCGAGGAGCAGCGGCGAUGUCAAGUGGCUGCUGAACUCCAAUUAGCAUGGAUGUGAGAGACGCCACUGUUACUAUAACUGACUCAGUCAAAUCCCAGCAGAGUGAGAUGCUGCAGUUUAAAGACGGAACAAAAUGUAUAAAAAUGUCAGUCUUGAGACUUUGAUGCCAAGCUGUGUAACAGACAUUUAAAUAAUGAAUUGAAUGCUUUAAAAACUACAUCAAGCAGCUGUUGUCAGUGAAGAAGCUAUACAAAACACCAUCUUUACAGUACCAGCUCUACACCAAACAAAAGACAGGCAUAGUGACUAGCUUAUAAACACAGUGGAGCAUUAAGCAGCUACAAAGCCAGAUAUUUCCCUCAGGAUGCGCUUAGUCUUUUCUUUGUCCAGAUUUGAAAAACAAAAAUUCAGUUAUUGUAGGUUGCAGGAAAAUGCUUUCAAACCUUCAUGGACUCCAGGUUCUCACAUUACAGCUACACUAGUAAGCAACUCUUCUUUUCUUGUUUUGACAUUGAAGUUGUUGGCUUUGGGGACGAUGUACAAAGUUUUGGAUGAUCAAAAAUGAUUUACCAAAUGCAGAGAAAAGGUAUAAAAGAGAAGAUCCUUUUGUUGUCUUUGUGACUAUCUUACCAGCUAGCGCUUAUUUAAAGGUUUUCUGUCGCGCUCUGUUUUAGCUAUGAUGUACCUCUGACAAUGUACAAUUCAAAGGUUUGAUAUUUUUUUUAAAUGGUAAGAAAAGUGAGAAAGAAAAGAAUAAUAUCCUUAGAGUUCAUAUAGCUCCACUGCUUUUUUUGCUAUAUGGCCAGGCCGGCAGAUGAAUGGGAUAUAAAUGUAUAAGGAUGAUUAUUUCUAAUGUUCUGUUCUUUCUUGGACCAAAAACAUUAUGCGUAUACUUGUUUAUUUUGUAUGGUAUUAUUAUGUAAAGGCAGUUAAGAAAAAUGAAUAUUAGUGUAUCUCUUUAAAUAACAAAUAAAG